GAAUGGUCCCACCUGAUCUCGCCUUCUCCCAUCUUUGAGGACAUGUAUUUUCAUCGUUAGAGCGGUCACUCGACUGUCUUGUCAAUAUAAUUGAUCAUCGAAGAGGAACAACAGGGGCAAGGGGGGGGGUUUGUGGGGCAAAUGAGCACAGCAAAGGCUGCGUGAGAAGUAAGCUGGUAGGAUUCAACAUGGCAUCGGGCGAUACGCUUUAUAUUGAGGCGGACGGCUCGGAGAUGCCGGCCGAACUAGUGGAGUUACACGAGAUAGAGGUGGAAACGAUACCGGUAGAGACUUUCGAGACUACAGUGGUCGGGGGAGACGACGACCAGCCGAUGAUAGCACUCCAGCCGCUGGUAUCAGACGACCCGAAUUCGAUCCACCACCACCAUCAAGAAGUGAUCCUAGUGCAGACAAGAGAGGAAGUUGUUGGCGGGGAUGAUUCGGAUAUGCUUGAGGACGGGGGUUACGAGGAUCAAAUCCUCAUCCCCGUCCCAGCACCCGGGGUGGAAGACGAGUACAUCGAACAGACUCUGGUGACUGUAGCCGGGAAAAACUCGGUUGGUCGGAUGAAGAGAGGGGUAGGCGGCAGUGGCAAAAAAGCUGGCCAAAAGAGUUAUUUGGGUGCUGUAGAACCAAGCAGUAGAAAAUGGGAACAGAAGCAGGUGCAAAUAAAGACUAUGGAGGGGGAAUUCUCUGUUACAAUGUGGGCUUCGGAUGACAAAAAAGACAUUGACCAUGAGUCAGUUGUUGACGAACAGAUCAUUGGGGAGAAUUCCCCUCCGGACUACUCUGAAUACAUGACGGGGAAGAAGCUGCCCCCUGGAGGGAUACCUGGCAUCGACCUGUCAGACCCCAAACAGCUGGCAGAGUUUGCCAGGUCAGUGUCUAUCUGCCUAAACUCACCUGUCCAUCAAGGUUCCUUCAGUGAGUCUGCUGGUCCCUAUGGUCAGAACUCCGUGUGGAUGAAGCCGAGGAAGGUAAAAGAAGACGACGCGCCCAGGACGAUAGCCUGCCCUCACAAAGGCUGCACAAAGAUGUUCAGGGACAAUUCAGCGAUGAGGAAGCAUCUCCACACCCACGGGCCUCGUGUGCACGUCUGUGCCGAGUGUGGCAAGGCCUUCGUAGAGAGUUCCAAACUCAAACGUCACCAACUCGUUCACACAGGGGAGAAACCCUUCCAAUGUACCUUUGAGGGCUGUGGGAAGAGGUUUUCGCUGGACUUUAACUUGCGCACACACGUUCGUAUCCACACCGGUGACCGGCCCUACGUAUGCCCCUUUGACGGCUGCAAUAAGAAGUUUGCCCAGUCAACCAACCUCAAGUCUCACAUCCUCACACACGCCAAAGCCAAAAACAACCAAUGAGAGCCCUCCGACCUGCCCCAAGUCCCACCCCCACAGCAGCAUCUUAAUGACACCACACGUCAAACCUCCUUUGAUGAAAGAAGGAAAUGAUUGAAAAAUACUUUGAUAAAUACGGAGAUUAAAUCCUCCCUUCUCCCAUUGGUUGACUGAAGAACACAGUGGCACUCUUCAAAAAGAUGAAACCCCUCUCCCAACCUUCCACCCCCCCUCUCUCCUCACUUCAUUGCGGCUUCAUUUUUAUUGCCAUAAAUAUGGAACUCAUGGACUAACAGACUAUUCUUUCUGCCAUGGAGCUGCAUGUUAGAGAGAGCAAUUAGGCUAUUCUUUCUGCCAUGGAGCUGCAUGUUAGAGAGAGCAAUUAGGCUAUUCUUUCUGCCAUGGAGCUGCAUGAGAGAGAGCAAUUAGGCUAUUCUUUCUGCCAUGGAGCUGCAUGAGAGAGAGAGCAAUUAGGCUAUUCUUUCUGCCAUGGAGCUGCAUGUUAGAGAGAGCAAUCAGGCUAUUCUUUCUGCCAUGGAGCUGCAUGAGAGAGAGCAAUCAGGCUAUUUUUCCACUUUCAGCAUAGAUUUUAAUUUUCUAUUUCUACAAGUGUGCAUAUUGUACACUUAUUUUGGGAUAUGUUCAGUAAGACAAUUUGAUUGUUUUUUUUCCUCCUGAGUAUUUAGAUCCACUUACCAUAUGAUAGUCCUGGCAAGAUGUGCGUUACUGUACCGUCACAUUGCUUCAAAGUGUUUUCUGAAAAAAGUUUUGGUCUUUACUUUUGGUUAUAUUCCUUCUAACCAUUAAAUCAUCUUGCAUACUUGUAUUGUAUGGCUGUUGACAUGAUUUAGACUGAUAGGUGUGAUUUUUAAAUUGUUAACCAAUUUAACUUUUAGUCAUGAGUUGAUUUAUCUUUUUUCAUGAAUUGUCAACUUUGCUGAGAAACAUGUCCCUACCGUUGAUUCACUGCGAGCUUGUCUAUUCGAAUACUAAAAUGCAUUAAAUGAAAUCGCCAGAGUGACCAUCUGUUUCUUUGUUAGAAUGUAAUGUACAGGCGUCAUCAACCAUGAACUUUCUUUGUUGAUAUUUAAACCCAUGCAUUUCAACGGCCCACAAUAAAAAAGGUCAUCCCAAAAAAUCA